CGAGCUCACGGUCAGCUGAUACACCAAAACAAACCCCGUGAAUGUGAAGGUGCUGACGUCAGCUAUCUUUACACACAGACAAUAGGAAAUCUGUAGUAAUUGGUUCGGCAAUAGAUCCACUACAGCUGUGUUUCCUUGCAUCCAGAUGAAGUGUUGACAAAUGGCAUUGUAUUAAGUCCCGUGGGUGGGUGAUGUGGCCACCGUGACUCGUGACUGCUGUACCAAGUGCUGACAGAAUGUACCAAAACCAGGGAGAAGUUUACCAUGGCUAAUGAUAAAGUUGCUACAGAUGGAUGGCCCAGCUUAGUCAUUCAUUUGUGUAGAGCCAUCAAGAAUACGUGCAGUCUAGCAUCAUGGAAUUCUCUGCCAUGGAUUCUUGGUUGGUUAACCAUGACAGUCAUGGGUCCUGUCCUUGCUGCAAGAGUUGCAUAUCGAACUUUGCAUGUCAUGAUAUCACGAACUUUUUCAAGUAAAAAAGUUUUGUGUGGGAAGGUUGUACUAAUCACUGGUGCUAGUUCUGGAUUGGGCGAGGCUCUUGCACAUGCAUUGUACAAGUGUGGUGUUCGUCUGAUUUUAGCUGCACGCAAUACAGAAAAGUUAGAAAACAUCAAAGAGACUCUUCUGAAGACGUACAAACCUCCAGAACUUCAUGUUCCAACCAUUAUUAAGUUGGAUUUGGAAGAGUUGAACAGCAUUCCUGGUGUAGUUGAAGAAAUAAUUGCCUCCCAUGGACGCGUUGAUAUUCUCAUCAACAAUGCUGGCAUCUCUUAUCGAGGAGUAGCUGCAGAAACUGACAUAAGCGUUGACAUAAGAUUGAUGUUGGUCAAUUUCUUUGGACAGGUGGCAUUAACAAAAGCAAUUCUUCCAUUGAUGCUCAAGAGGAAGACAGGGCACAUAGUGGCAGUGAGCAGUGUCCAGGGAAAGCUUGCCAUUCCUUAUAGAUCAUGUUAUACUGCAUCAAAGCAUGCUCUUCAAGGGUUCUUUGAUUCUCUGAGAGCUGAAGUAGCUGAAAGUAAAGUGAAGGUGACAGUAAUUAGUCCAGGAUACAUUGCCACCAAUCUGUCUGUCAAUGCAGUGACUGGUGACGGAUCAAUGUAUGGAGAAAUGGACGAAACGACAAGUGGCGGCAUGAGUCCAGAAUAUGUUGCUGACAGUAUAGUAGGGUGCUUGACUAAUGGAAGUGAGGAGCUGGUGCUGGCCCCAGUGCUGCACCAUGUGGCAAUCCUUCUCCGUACCCUGUCUCCUCCUUUAGUCACUCACAUCAUGAAGAGGCGAGCUGCAACACAAAGGAAUGCCUACGUGCACAAGAAAGAUUGAAGGAGGCAAGUGAAUGAAGAACUUAUUUAUGAUUUUGUAUGUAUGCUCUAGGAUUUUUAUGCUGUUGAAUCUAUCAAAGAAUAAUAUUUAGUAUGGUUAAGUAGUAUAUUACUAUCUUUCAUAAUUUGAUUCCAGUGAAUCUUUAUUGAAACUGAUUUUAAAGUAGAUAUUUUUAUUUACAUUACAAGACCAAUUGAUCAAGACAAGAUAACUUGAGGUCAGAUAGUAAGCCAACACAGCAUACAGUUGAUGUACAUGGGAUAAAGAUUUAUCCUGAAAAGCAUUUUGAAGCUUAAGAUUAUAGAGACUUCAUGAUACAAAGUUCUCAGUCAGCUGUCAUUAUACAUUAUAUGUAUAUGUGUAUGUUUUGUCAAAGAAUAGGCCUUUGUUGACUAAGUACGAAGUGAAUGUUGCAUGAAUACCAUCAUAUGGGGCCACCAUGGUACAUUGGAUCAGUGUGCACUGUGGGAGCCAAGGGGUCACCAGAGCAUGAGUUCAAAUCCUGGGGGGAAGGGCGUACACUCAGGGUAAGUUCAGAGUCCUUCAUUAAGAGGCAUUGUCAUUGCCUUAAUGGACCAGGAACUGUACAUAAAAAACAAAAAUAUAGAUACCAUCAUAUGAGUAUUCACUAAAUUUAUGAACACAAUAGAGUUAAAAGCUACUGAUCUCAUGAGUUUUCUCCUUUCACAGAUUUUUAAGCAUAUCAUAGUCAGCUACAAUGUUAGCUCUUGCUUUCCUUUUGAUAAAGAUACUGUUUUAAAGAGAUUUUUAGCUACAUAAAUGAAGAUAGAAAAAUAAGGUAUAGUAAUAUGUUCAGAAAAUUCAGAUAUAUUAUCAUUUAUCAUUAUUAUAUUUCAUGCCAUUCCAUAUUGCUACUAAAUCACCAUUUCUUAUAAAGUAAAGGAGUGCACACAAGAAAGAGGUUAUAGUAGGAAUAGAGGUAAGCAAGCAGAGAGUGUUUUGUUAGAGAGGAGGUUCUUCUGCCAUUCCCACCUUAUGAAAUGCUCAUCAGGCAAACAGGGCAUCAGAGAGGGAUAGAUGGAUGUUAAAUAGAUACAUAGAUUAGAGUCAUAACAUAAUUACAGUCCAUUAGUAAAUGUGUCAAUCUUUAAUCAUAUAAUUCAUUUUGGGCUUGAGGUGUGUUCAUGUAACAUUUUACAUAGCAUAACAAAUACGUACGUACUU